UCCUCAGUGUCACUCACCUCGCAGACCCACGCAGCAGCAGCAGUUGUGUUUACGUGCAGAGCUGCAGACUCACCGGAACCUGAACGCACCAGGACUUGAACGCACCGGAACCUGAACGCACCAUCUGUCGCUCCUCUCGUUGAUUACCGGCUCCGGCUCUGCGUCAGCGGCGCUUCCCUGAACAACAUGCCGUCCCUGCGUCACUCCUACACGGUCACGGUGCCCGAGGAGCCGGCCUCUCUCCCGCUGGACAGACCCGAGCUGCAUCGGCGGAAGACUCCGUCCCUGUCCCGGUCCGCGCUGGUGUCCACGUUCAUGGGUCUGAUCAUCAACCAGGCCAAGAACAAGAGUCCUCAAGGCCUGGUGGGACUGAGGAACCUGGGCAACACGUGUUUCAUGAACUCAAUCCUACAAUGUCUGAGCAACACUCCGGAGCUGAGGGACUACUGCCUGAGGAACGUCCAUCACACAGACCUCAACAACAACUGCGGGUCGAGUGCAGCUCUGAUGGAAGAGUUUGCUAAACUGACUCAAAGCCUGUGGACGUCUGUCAACAACGACGCCAUCAGUCCGUCCGAUUUCAGGAACCAGAUCCAGAGAGUCGCUCCCAAAUUUGUCGGCUGCAAUCAACAGGACGCUCAGGAGUUCCUGCGAAUGCUUUUGGACGGACUCCAUAACGAAGUGAACAGAGUGACCGUCUGCCCCAAGGUGUCGGCCCACGACCUCGACCACCUCUCGGACGAGGAGAAAGGCAACAGAAUGUGGAAUAUGUACCUGGAGCGAGAGGACAGCAAAGUAGUGGAUUUAUUCGUCGGACAGUUGAAAAGUUCUCUGACUUGCUCCGUCUGUGGUUUCCGUUCCACUGUGUUCGAUCCGUUCUGGGACUUAUCGAUACCUAUUGCACAGAAGAGCUCAGGCGAAGUAAGUCUCAAAGACUGUUUGAGACUCUUUACUAAAGAAGAUGUGCUGGAUGGAGACGAGAGGCCGACGUGCAAGAAAUGCAAAACCAGAAGGAAAUGCACCAAACGAUUCUGCAUCCAGAAGUUCCCUCAGAUCCUCGUGCUUCACCUGAAGCGUUUCUCCGACUCUAACGUCCGAGCGAGCAAACUCUCCACGUACGUCAACUUCCCUCUGAAAGAGCUGGACCUGCGGGAGUUCGCCUCUGAGAGCAGCGAGCGUCCCGUGUACAACCUGUACGCAGUGUCCAACCACUCGGGAAAUACUCUGGGAGGCCACUACACAGCGUACUGCAAGAACCAGGCGCUGGGGGAGUGGUACAGCUACAACGACUGCAGGGUGAGCCCCAUGUCCUCCAGUCAGGUCCGCAGCAGCAACGCCUACGUGCUCUUCUACGAGCUGACCACAUCCCCACACGCCAAAUAUCAGACAUGUCGGCUCUAGACGCCGAGGAGGAGGAGGUGGAGAAGGAGGAGGAAGAGGAAGAGGAAGAGGAAGAGGAAGGAGCUGCACCAACGACUGAGCCUGUGAAUGCAGACUCUGCCUGUGUGGAGAGAGCUCCUCCUAGUGGAGAAAGAACUGCCAUUACAAGGUUGCUGUGGAGGAAGAAAAAAGAACCUUGAACCUCAUGAAGGUGGAUGUGAAUGCGUCGCCACCACGGUGGAGGAAGAAAAUGACGUUUUGCUUCAUUCUAGUUUAUUUUCAUUUAAAAAAUAACAUUUCCAGCUCUUCAUGGACCCUUUUGCCAAGUGUGUGGAUUUGUUUUGCCACUUUGAAUAUGGACACAUGGACUUGAAAGAUAUCCCACACACUGACUCCAAUAUAUUAUGUAUUCUUAUUUAAUAUGAUGCCAGUGAUAUGACAGCGGACGCUGGUUUUCUGCUGGGAACAGUGGAAACCCACGGAUGCACAGGGGAGGUUUCAUGUCACAGCACAUUUUUAUUUUUGUACAGUAUUUAUGGGCAGCGAGGUGAAUGUAUCUCAACUGCGGGAAAGCCUGGUAUACCAAAGCAGCUGUAUAAAUAUGCAUCGGCACUACUUCCCCCCCCAGGAAGUAAAGUAAAGCUGACUUUACAUCGAAAACUCAACUGAGGCUGAAUCAUCCGCUCAUUUUUAUCAUAUCGUUAUUUAUUCAGGCAACAGAAUGGAAGCUGGGAAGGAAUGUUAAACCAACAAUACAAGCUUUAUACUGUGUGUUUAACCAGAUGCUCUUCAUUCAGCUCAUCCUCUCCGACAGAUAUCUUUGCUAAACUACAUCGAGAAGCAAUUACAAAUUCCUCUGGCCACUCGGGGGCUCGUGGGAUGAGAUGAAAACACAACGUUGGACUCAUUAUAUCUUUCAAGUUACUGUUGUAGACAUUUGAGCGAAUAUUUGCACUUUCCAGGAGACAAAAAAACAACUUUAACAUACGUUGAAUGUCGUAUUUCUAUUGUCAUGAUGGUUUUAUUACCUGUGUUCUUUUGUCUUUGAGCUCCCGAGGAAAAACAUGUUGGAAAAUAUUAAAUAUCCCAGUAUUUAUUCACUAA